AUGAUUGAUUUAUUAACAACAAAAGGUCCUAAAAGAGAUGUGUCUAUUGUGAAGGGUCCUAAAGAUAAAUCAUCUAGACGUUUUAAGCUGAGUUUGACCCAAUUGUCCAAGAACAUUAGACGUAUUAUAGAUGAUAAUGUUCAUGUUCACUUUCUUGGACAUAAAAUUCAAAACGAGUUAAUACUUUUGCUUGCUUCUGCAAUUAAAAAUGAAAUCAUUAGAAAAAUCAAACAAGCAAAGUAUUUCUCAGUGAUACUUGGUUGUACACCUAACGUUAGUCACCAAGAGAAAAUGUUUUUGAUAAUACGAUAUCUGGAUGUUUCUUCAAAUUCUAUUAGUGUUGAAGAAUCUUUUUUAGGAUUUUUGAAUGUGGAUGAUAUAACUGGUCAAUGGCUUUUUGAUGUUUUACAAGAUGAAUUGAAAAAUCUUGAUCUUGACAUAUUUGAUGUGCGAGAACAAGGUUAUGAUAAUGGGUCAAAUAUGAAAGGAAAACAUCAAGGUGUACAAAAGAAAUUUUUAGACAUAAAUCCAAGAGCCUUUUAUACUCCUUGUGUUUGUCAUAGUCUUAAUUUGACAUUGUGUGAUAUGGCUAACUCUUGUCCUAAAGUUAAAGAUUUUUUUGGAGUUGUUCAACGAAUUUAUACUAUUUUUGCUAAUUCUACUAAGAGAUGGCAAAUUUUGAAAGAUAAUGUAAAAUGGUUGACUCCAAAAUCAUUUCCAUCCACUCGUUCGGAGAGUCAUGUAGAUAGUGUCAAAGCUAUUAAAACUCAAAUGUCAGAUUUUAGAGAAGCUUUACUUGAAGUGUCAGAAAAAGAUCUUGAUUCUAAAAUUCGAAGUGAAGCUAAAUUCUUAGCGACAAAUGAGUUUGGUGAUUUUGAGUUUUUAAUAUCAAUAAUUAUUUGGUUUGAAAUAUUAUUCGCAAUUAAUGUAGUUAGCAAGCUCUUACAAUCAAUGGAUAUGGUUAUUGAUGUUGCUAUGGAAAAAAUAACAACGUUGAUUUCAUUUUUUAAGGAAUAUAGAGAAUAUGGUUUUAAAAAUGCCUUGAAUUAUGCUACAAAAAUUUCCCUUGAACUGAAUAUUGAUCGAGUACUUCCUCAAAGGUUUAUUGUAUCUCUUAAUAAGAAAUUUGAGCAAUGCCAACAAUACGAAAGUGUUUUUGGUUUCUUAUUUACUUCUCAAAAUUUACAAUCAUUGAACAAUGCAACUUCAGAGUCUUGUUGUAAUCAUUUUGAAGAGAUAUUGAAAUAUAAUGAGCAAUGUGAUAUUGAUGGAAAAGAAUUAUGUGUGGAGUUAAGGUUAUUAAGAGAUAUAUCAGCAGUAGUUUCCUCGGCAGAAAGAAGCUUUUCAAAAUUGAAGUUGUUGAAGUCUUCCUUGCGGUCUACCAUGUUACAAGAAAGACUUAAUGGAUUAGCAUUGAUAGCAAUUAAGAAUGAUUUUUUGGAAAAUAUACAGAAUGAAGACUUGAUUGAAGAAUUUCCUUCAAAAACUGCUAGAAGAAAAACUUUUUUUAAGUAG